GCCGGAGCGCGGGGCCGGGCCGGGCCGGGCCGAGCGAGGCGGCGGCGGCGCAAAAUGGCGGACAGGUUCUCCCGCUUCAACGAGGACAGGGACUUCCAGGGCAAUCACUUUGAUCAAUAUGAAGAAGGGCACCUGGAGAUAGAGCAAGCAUCUCUAGACAAGCCUAUAGAAUCGGACAAUAUUGGACAUCGCUUACUGCAGAAACAUGGCUGGAAGCUGGGCCAGGGACUGGGAAAGUCGCUGCAGGGGAGGACAGAUCCCAUCCCUAUCGUCGUCAAGUAUGAUGUCAUGGGCAUGGGGAGGAUGGAGAUGGAGCUGGACUAUGCUGAAGAUGCCACCGAGCGCAGGCGGGUACUGGAGGUGGAGAAGGAAGACACCGAGGAGCUGAGGCAGAAGUACAAGGAUUAUGUUGAUAAAGAGAAGGCCAUUGCCAAAGCUUUGGAAGACCUCCGAGCCAAUUUCUACUGUGAGCUCUGUGACAAGCAGUACCAAAAGCACCAAGAGUUUGACAACCACAUCAACUCCUAUGAUCAUGCUCACAAGCAGAGGUUGAAGGAUCUCAAGCAGAGGGAGUUCGCACGCAACGUCUCGUCCAGGUCGCGGAAGGAUGAGAGGAAGCAGGAGAAAGCCCUGCGGCGCCUGCACGAGCUGGCUGAGCAGCGGAGGCAGCCCGAGUGCGCUCCCGGCAGCGGGCCCAUGUUCAGAACCACCACGGUGGCCGUGGACGAGGAAGCUGGAGACGACGACGACGCGGCGGCCAACAGCGGCUCCUUCGUGCAGGCGCCCGGUGGCCAGGCUGCGGAGCUGACUCCGGACAGAGGCUUCCUCAGCCCUGGGCAAGCGGGUGGCGCUGCCGUGCCCAGCCAGGCGCCGCUGCAGGCGGCACAGGCCAUCAGCUUUGGCAUCAAGGGCGCUCUGGGCACGCCGCUGCAGAAGAUCGGCGUCUCCUUCUCCUUUGCCAAGAAGACUCCGGUGAAGCUCGAGACCAUAGCUUCGGUGUUCAAGGACCACGGGGAGGAGUCGAGCCCUGCAGACGGAGCAAAAGCUGACGAGAGGGGCUCCUCGGACGCGGGGAGCCUGCAGAAGUCUGCCGAGGGCGAAGGCACCAACAGUUGCGACGGCAAGGCGGAGGAGGACGAGCAGCACGACAAGGACGGCGGCUCUUUAGCCACCACCUUAUCCAAGCUGAAGAAGAUGAGACGAGAGGACGGACCGACGGCAGUGGAACCGGAAUACUACCACUACAUCCCCCCAGCCCACUGCAAAGUGAAGCCUAACUUUCAAUUCCUGCUUUUCAUGAAGUCUACCGAGCAAAUGGAAGCUGAGAAUGCGAACAAAAAACCCCCCCACGAAGGUAAAAAGGGCACCUCUCCCAGACCCAAAGCUGCCAAGCAGGGGGAGAAGGCCGCUGAGAGCAUGGGGCAGCAGAAGGAGCCGGCUCCCGCUGAACCUGCAGCUCAGCAGAGCAAACCCGAGCUGAAAGAGGCCCUAGAGAACGUGAGCGAGCAGGAGAGCAAGCAGCUGGCAGAGAGCCGCGUGCCCGAGGCAGACCCCGCCAGAGACGCCGCCCAGCCCGGCUCGGGCUCCAAGGACGUCUCUGAAGGACCAAAGCACCCCACGGGACCCUUCUUCCCCGUCCUGAGUAAAGACGAGAGCACGACCCUGCAGUGGCCUUCAGAGCUUCUCAUCUUCACCAGAGCGGAGCCGUCCGUCUCCUACAGCUGUAACCCCCUCUACUUCGACUUCAAGCUCUCCCGCAACAAAGACGCCAAAGGGAAGGGGGCAGAGAGGCCGAAGGACGCCGGGGGGCUGGGCAGAGAGCCCGCUCAGGGCACGGACGGUGGGGACACGGGCAAAGCCAAGGAGGCAGAGAGCGCGGCCGGCGGCUCGGCUCUGAAGGUGGAAAGCAAACCUCUGUCCACCUGCGGCCCCCAGAGCAAGCAGGAGGCUGGUGCGGCCAGCGGCAGCAAGGGAGAGGGGGAAGACGGCGGGAGGAGCAAGGGCAAGGCUGGACGGUCCCACAAGCACAAAAAGAAAAAGAAGCACAAAAAGUCCAGCAAACACAAACGCAAACACAGGGAGGAGGCGGAGGAGAAGGGCAGGAAGGCCGACCCGGGGGAGGAGAAGCCCAAGAGACGGCGGAGGCGCCGGCACAAGAAGGGCAAGUCCUCGCUGUCCGCCGAGCCGGAGCGGGCGCCCAAGCCCGAGGUGCCCGAGGACUGCGGCCACCUGCAGAGGAGGAAGCGCCGCUCGCAGGAGCCCGCGAGGAAGGGCCCGUCGGCCGAGGAGGGGAGCGGCGCCAGGAGAGAGGACGGCGGCGGCUCCUGCCAGGAGCACGGCGGCAGGAAACACAGAGCGGAGCCGCAGCAGCUCCCCGCCUCCAGGAGACGCUGCCCCGGCCCCGGCCCCGGCCCCGGCAGGAGCGGCCGCCGCAGCCGCCAGAGCAGCGGCGACGACGACGACAGCGAGGAGGGCUCCCAGCGCAAGCGCCGCCGCCAGAAGUCGCCCUGGCGCGACAGCGACGAGCCGGAGUCGGGCAGCGAGGCGUCGCGCAGCCGCUCGCGCUCGGGCCGCGGCCGCUCCUCGCGCGGCUCCUGCUCCAGCAGCUCCGCGGCCUCCUCGGGCCGCAGCCGCUACAGCCGGCGCCGCAGCUACUCGGACGACAGCUACAGCGACUACAGCGAGCGCUCGCGCUGCCGCUCCAAGCGCUCCGACUCCAACGGCUCCGAGCGCCGCUCCAAGCGCUGCAAGUACUCCUCGUCCGAUGACGACUACAGCUCGAGCGGGAGCGGGUCGAGGAGCCGGAGCAGGAGCCGCAGCGCUCCUCGCAGCAGGUCCCGGACGAGGAGCCGGGGCAGGACGCGCAGCAGCAGCCGCAGCCGCAGCCGCAGCAAGAGGAGGAGCCGCAGCGGCACGGGGCGCAGCUGGAAGCGCAGCCGCAGCUACAGCCGGGACCGCAGCCGCAGCGCCAGGAGCCGCUCGCAGCGGUCCCUCUCCAGGAAGGGCUCUCGGGGCCGCGAGAGCCCCGAGGAGAGGAGGUCGGGGAGAAGGGACUUCAUCAGGUCCAAGAUCUACCGCUCGCAGUCUCCUCAGUACUUCCGCGGGGGCCGGGGCGAAGCGGGGCCGCCGAGGAAGGAGGAGGGCAAAGGGGAGGACGCCAAGGGGCCCGGCUCCCUCUCCCAGAGCAGCGGCGGCUCCGGCGCCAGCACCGGCAGGGCCUCGGAGGGCGACUGCAGCCCCGAGGAGAGGAACUCGGUCACCGCUAAGCUGCUGCUGGAGAAGAUCCAGUCCAGGAAGGUGGAGAAGAAGCCCUGCGUGGCCGACGAGAACAAGGUGGGCAUCAAGCUCAAAGAUCCUCCCCAGGGCUACUUCGGCCCCAAGCUUCCUCCUUCCCUGGGCAACAAGCCGGUUCUCCCCUUGAUCGGGAAGCUGCCGACCGUGCGGAAGCCCAACGCCAAGCGGUACGACGAGUGCGGGCUGGAGAGGGGCGAGGAGCAGGAGCUGUCGGACUCCGAGGACGCCUCCCAGGGCGCGGAGGAGGCUCAGCUGCCCGGCCAGGCUCUCCUGGAAGAAGCCGCGAUGGCGAUGCAGGACGAGCCCGUGGAGGAGCAGAAACGCGAGGAGGCCGCGGCGGAGAUGCCGUCGCUGCCCCCGGAGGCGCCCGCGCUGCCCAAGCGCUUCGGCUCCGGCGAGCUGGUGAUGCCGCACGGCUUCCUGGCGGACGGCACCGAGGGGCUGGAGCCCGGGGACGGCGGCGGGCAGGCGCUGCCGGUGGAAGCCGGCCUGAUGCCCUUGGUCCCGGACGUCGAGCACUUCCCCGGCUACGUGCCUCCGAGCGGGGAGCCCAGCGCCGAGGGGGAGCGGGAGGGCGACGACUCGUCGCUGGCGCCGCUGGAGAGCCAGCCCAUCACCUUCACCCCCGAGGAGAUGGAGAAGUACAGCAAGCUGCAGCAGGCGGCCCAGCAGCACAUCCAGCAGCAGCUCCUGGCCAAGCAGGUCAAAGCCUUCCCCGCCUCGGCGGCCCUGGCGCCGGCCGCUCCCGCCCUGCAGCCCAUCCACAUCCAGCAGCCGGCGGCGGCGGCGGCCGCGGCAUCGGCCACGUCCAUCACCACGGUGCAACACGCCAUCCUGCAGCACCACGCCGCCGCCGCCGCCGCCGCCAUCGGCAUCCACCCGCACCCGCAGCCCCUGGCGCAGGUCCAUCACAUCCCGCAGCCCCACCUGACGCCCAUCUCCCUGUCCCACCUCACCCACUCCAUCAUCCCCGGCCACCCCGCCACCUUCCUGGCCAGCCACCCCAUCCACAUCAUCCCCGCCUCCGCCAUCCACCCGGGGCCCUUCGCCUUCCACCCGGUUCCCCACGCGCUCUACCCGACGCUGCUGGCGCCGCGGCCCGCCGCCGCCGCCGCCGCCACGGCCUUGCACCUGCACCCCCUGCUGCACCCCAUCUUCUCAGGACAGGACUUGCAGCACCCGCCCAGCCACGGCACAUGAAGGAAGCCGGCGGGCAGGGGCGUCCGGGCGCGCGGCGGGACGGGGGGGUGACGUGGCUCCGGCCCCCGGGGGAGGCCGGAGGAUUUCCUUUCGCUCUUUAGCAGCCAAAGAAGCCGAGGGCUGGAGGAGGGCUGGAGGAGGGCUGGCGGGGUGGGCACGGGCAGCGGCGUGGCCCCGGCCGCUCGGCGUGUGGCUGCCGGCGGCUCCGUGCACGGGGCAGCGCUCUCUGUGCCAGGAGAGACCGUCCGACGUGCAGUCCAGCCCCAGCCCCUUGGAAAGGUUUGUUGUUUGAACUCCCUGGGUUCUCCCACACGCUCAUCUUUCCUUCUGCCGCCCUGCACACGAGAAACGAGGGUUCAUCCGCACCAACGGCGCUCUCGGGCCUCUCACGGGGUCGUUGCUUGCAGCAGGCAGCGGGGUGGAAUCCCGGCAGGGGCGGGUCACUCCCGGCCGGGGCGAGGAGAGCAGCACCACAGCCUCCUCCCCACCCUCUCCCUCCAGACUUCGGGGCUUGGAGGGGUUUUUUUUCCCCCCUCGGUGUGAGCAGCAAAGGUGGAAACAAGAUGUUCUGCAGCCUGAGAGACUGUGUGUGCCCUGACCCCAGCCAGGCUCGGCGGGGGCGGGGAUUGCAGCGGCUCCCCAGGGCGUUUCUGCUGAGCGGGGGAGGGAAUAAACCACCACACUGACCCUCCAUCAGCUGCUCCGUGGGGAGAGAGCCCAGAGGGUCGAGAGAGAGAGGAGAAGUGCCCGUGGGAGCCGGAGCAAUGCAGCGGGGCAGGGCGAGCGCCUGUGUCAGCCCGGGGCUCCUGGCGGUUGUGCAGGAUCCUCCUGGUUGGUUGGUUUCUGUUUGGGUUUUUUGUUUUUUUAAUGUAAAGAAUUGCACUGAUCUCUGUAAAACAAAGAUGCUGCUUUUUGUAGCUCAGAUGAAAAAAGGUUACAUUUGUAGUAUACUGCAAUAAGCUUUUGUAGAGGCGGUCUCAGCGGUACCCGGCUGGGGUGCGAGGCACGGCUGGAGGGAGGGACGCUGGGGCAGCUUCCACGGAGAGUUCAGCCAGAUGCAGAGCGGCUGAGGGCGUCUGUCUGAGCCAGCUCACGCGGCUGGGAAGCUUUUGUGUACUAGGAAAUGUCAAAGCAAAAGCAAACCCCACGAAGAAAAUGGACUCCCCGAGUCUCCACGGAGCGUUGUGCAGAGGAGACGGGGCGUGAGGGUCUGCCAGGGCUGGAGCUGGGCUGUGGGCUCAGGGCAGCCUCAGCCCCAGGUGGGAGAUCGCCCCAGACGAUGCACACACCUGCUGUUGUAUGGGGUUUGUUCCUGUCUCUCCUCCCCAGGCCCCUGGGGAAGGAGCCUGCCCACCCCCUCCUUGCUCUGCUCCACCCGGCCUCAGCCCGGGGAGAGGCUCUGCGUCCCUCCCCCAGCUCUGCCCCAUCCCCAGCAUCACCCCCUCGGGUCCUCCUCACCUUGCAGGGCCCGAUUUCCGAGUGGGGGGAGACAGGAUGUGACCCACAUGGGGGCAGAACACCCCAAAGCUCCCCAGCCUCAGCUUGUGAGAGGAAGGCACUUGGUGUUGGAAGGGGUCAGGCUGGCACACAACGGUGGGAACGCCCAGCCAGGGACUCGGUUUGUGUGUAAAUAACUAACAGAACACAGUGUUAACGUCUCAGUGCUGAGCUUCAUGAGCUUCUAGAUUCAACAUGCGUCUGCUGGCACCCUCCACGCUGCCCUCAGGGCUUGGGGAGGGGGGGAGGGUUCUGACUUCCACAAUAGUGCUACAGAUAAUUAACCUCUCCUUAACGAGCAUAAACAGACUGUAUUUAACUUUGUCACAUAAGAUAUAUAUAUAAAUAUAUAUAUAUAUGCUGUAAAAUGAGGGGAAAGGAAACCUUUCUAAUAAACCCAUGAUUUGUGGAGGAGAA